AUGCUAGAACAUAGAGAAAUAAAAGUGACACCAAUCUCCCAAGACACAAACACAAUGAAAGACAAACAAACACAGAGAGAAGGAAAGAAAGUAAACUCAACUUUUCACAUCAAAGCAACAGUAACACCUCCAGUACAGUCAGGUUAUGAGGAGGAAGAAAAGUUGAAGUUCUGGCAAGAUAUAGAUGAAAUGCUUGCGUCGAUCAGCGAGGAAGAGAAGUUAGUCAUAGGAAUUGACCUAAAUACCCACAUAGGAAUAGACAAGAGAGUUAUAUAUGGAAUUCAUGGAGGGUGGGGAAUGGAGGCGAGAAAUGAGGAAGAGGAAAGCAUCAUAGACUUUGCAAUAGCAUACGACCUAGCAAUUGCUCCUACUUUCUUCAAGAAACAUACGAAACUUAUAAAUGGGAAAGCCGUGGGACCGGAUGGGAUUCCAGUUGAAGCGUGGAAGUGCCCGGGUGACGCGGGUGUAGACAUCCUAUUAAACCAGAGAGAUGGAGAGAAAGUACAUUAG